UAGGGUCAGAACCAGAGAGCAAAGGGAAAGCCUCUGAAGUCGGUGGCCCCGGGGCGCCAUGGACAGCUACAACGUGUCCCGCAGUGGACAGUAUAGGCUGGAGCUCGGCCCCCCCGACCUGCUGGAGCGCAGGGGCUCCCUGACCCUCCGCUCUCACCACAAGAAAUACUCCAAGCCCGUGCUGGUGUACUCCUGGCACCGUGACAGAGAAGCUUAUCCCAAAGAUUAUGAUAUAGAAGGUCCUGAGGAAACUAAAAAAUUAUGCAAUUCAACGUAUUGGAGACUUGGAACCAGUGAACCCCCAAUUUGGAUAUCUGAAACACAAGAACAAAUGUCACAGCCUUAUUUAAACUUAAGACUGGCUGAAGUAAAGCCUAAAGCUUUAUUGAAUGAGGAAACAAUUAGCUCUGGAAUUAUUGAAAGGGACCUUGGAUUGCCUGCAACAGGUUUUGGAGCUCUCUUUACUAGAAACCCACCAGAUCCGCGUAAAAGGUAUACAUUGACAACCUAUGCUGAAGAAUAUACUUGGCCAUAUGAAUUCCAGUCACUUGCUUAUCCUUGUCAAGAUGAUUAUUCAAUACUUCACAGAAAAUGCCGUUCUCAGUUCACAGAUCUAGAUGGUUCCAAAAGGUUUGGUAUCAACACUUGGCAUGAUGAGAGUGGGAUUUAUGCUAAUUCAUAUGUGAAACAGAAACUCUGUCCAUUAACAGAUGGGCCUAUCACCCCCUUUUUAAAGUAGGGUAUGGAAUCUGAUUCUCUGAAAGAAUAAUGAAUGUAACAGUUGAUUUCUUCCCCUAAUAAACACAAUGGUAAUCUUA